GCUCUCUGCAUACCACUUGAUGGUCGUUGUUUUCUUUUGGUAUACACACAUUAAAAGAAAAAUGUUUCUGUAAAUUUGGUUGGCUACAAAAUCUAUACGGUAGUGAAAUCCAUCUGGCUAAAAAUUAGAUUAUACUGUUUUUGCCACUAAGCCGGUAAUAGAAUUUGUUAAUUACCCCACAUGCCUACAAGGAAAAUGCCAGGUCUUGAAGUCCUCCAACAAUAAGUAGGACCUAGCAGAUCAGUCAUCUUUGCCAUCACAGAAUUGUAGAUAUGUUCACUUGUUCUCCACUUUGUAAGACUCACCAAAUGCAUACACCAGCUGAGCGAUUCCUUACUCUUUGGUGCGAGAUUAUGCUGUUUGUGCCAUUAAUUUGUUAUAACGGUGGAUGUAUGAUUGGUUUUUAGUCAUAUCGUUUUUCUUCGUCGGGCCCCCACCGCGCGCGGUCAUCUAGUUUUCUUUUUCCCUGCAAAAUUUCUUUAACACAUACAGAGAAAAAUGGCGAAAAUGAAAUGGUAUUGGUAUUGGGUAUCAACAUCUAUAAUAUUCAGACUUAUUCUCAUAUAUUUUCCCAACAAUCUCAACUUAAGUUCUCGUCCUGAAGUUGCUACUCCUCUCACUAGUCUCCGUCGCUUGGCUGAAGGUUACUGGUUAAAGCAAUCUUCAAUUUCACCUUACUCAGGAUCUAUGUACCAUGGUUCACCAUUGUUACUGGCAAUACUUGGUCCAUUGACUGUUAUAAGAUUUGAAGGACAACCUGAGCACAUAGCUUGCAGUUUGUUAUUUGUAAUUGCAGAUUUGAUCACUGCAAUUCUUAUACGUGCAACUGGACAGAAGCUUCAUUUAUCGUAUAAACGGAGUUUGAAAUCACUAAAUGUUACGAAGCUAUUGGAAACUUCUGAGGAAAAAACUGAAGUAGAGAAAAUUUCAGGGCAUGGAUCUCAUGAGAGUGAAAUUCUAUCUGCUGGAGAUAUUGCUGCUUUUAUAUAUUUAUGGAAUCCCUUGACAAUCGUCACAUGUGUGGGCUUGUCAACGUCACCAGUCGAAAAUUUGAUGAUAGUAUUGUCUCUGUAUGGAGCAUGCUCAUGUUUAGCUCCUUUAGCAGCAUUUGGAUGGGUCCUUGCAUCACAUUUAUCUCUUUACCCUGCUAUCUUAAUCAUACCGGUCAUCUUUUUGUUAGGAUAUGGUCCAGAUACUCCUCCGAAGAAAUUGUUCCGGCAACAAAAAUCUGAGUCAAAUGCAAAUGAUCUGGUGAUUCAAAACCGUUUUUCAUGGCGGCCUGUUGUACAUUUUAUACUGUGGGCGUCUUUUUGGACAGUUUAUGUCUUGGUUUUAUGCAGUAUCUACCUUAAACAGUAUGGUGGCUUGUCAGAAAUGUUUAAAAGAACACAUGGAUUUAUUCUUACUCUAGAAGAUCUGUCCCCAAAUAUUGGUGUUUUAUGGUACUUCUUUGCCGAAGUUUUUGACUUCUUCAGAGAUUUCUUUUUAAUAGUUUUCCACGUGAAUAUUCUUUUUAUGCUGUUGCCCUUGGCCAUACGUCUUUACCACCGCCCAUGCUUUCUCGCCUUCAUAUACAUUGCAAUCUCAUCAAUGCUUAAAUCUUAUCCUUCGGUUGGAGACUCAGCUUUAUACUUGGCUCUACUGGGAUGGUUUGUCUAUGAACUAGCAGAAAUGCAAUUCUCGUUCUUCCUUUUCUGUGGAUACGUUGGAGUCACCCUGCUUAGCCCUGUGAUGCAUAAUCUAUGGAUAUGGAGGGGUACUGGAAAUGCAAACUUCUAUUAUGCAACCGCGAUGGCUUAUGCUUGCUUGCAGAUUAUUUUGGUUGUCGAGAGUGUAAGUGCUAUGCUUCAGCACGACAGAAUGCUAAGGAAACAAUUGACCACAUGAAACCAGAGAUCUGUUAUGAGAUAAUUUUUCAUUACACACAACUUCGCUUUGUGGAAUUUGUCAAACAACCCACAAUACUGAAAGUGUUUCUAGGUGAUUCGCAUUCUUUGAAUCCCACUCUGGCGAAGAUCUAGAUAUUAACUAUUUGUGGUUGGUUGGUUGGUUGGAGUAGUAUCUUGAGGUUGUCUGAAGGUUGGUGGUUUAACAGCACCAAAUAUAUGAGUAUAAUUAUUUCUUGUUUACUGAUGGAAUGCAGCAUUUUAAUGUAGUGUAUCCCAGUAUUCCUGCAUCGAGGAUUUUCUUUUUCUUGAAUAGAGUAAUAGAAGAAUGAUUUUUUAGGGACCA